CAGGAGCCAGCUCUGCAGCCACUGGCUCUCCUGUCCCUGCCCGAGCAUCACGAUGGAUCUCAGAAAUACCCCAGCCAGAAAUCUGGACAAGUUCAUCGAAGACUACCUCCUGCCAGACACGCAAUUCCGCAGGCAGGUCCGAGAAGCCAUCGACAUUAUCUGCAGUUUCCUGAAGGAGAGGUGUUUCCGAGAUGCCCCCCACGCAGUACGGGUGUCGAAAGUGGUGAAGGGCGGCUCCUCAGGCAAAGGCACGACCCUCAGAGGCCGAUCUGAUGCUGAUCUCGUGGUCUUCAUUGACUACCUCACAAGUUUGCAGGAGCAGUUUGAGCGCCGAGGAGAGUUCAUCCGGGAAAUUAGGAGGCAGCUGGAAGCCUGUCAAAGAGAGGAAACAUUUGACGUGGAGUUUGAGGUCCAGAAGCAGCUGUGGGAGAGGCCCCGCGCACUCAGCUUCGUGCUCAGGUCCCGCCGGCUCAACGAGGGGGUGGAAUUUGAUGUACUGCCUGCCUUUGAUAUCCUAGGUCAGGUGACCGCAGGCUACAGACCUGACCCCGAAAUCUACGUCCUGCUCAUCAAAGAGUGCGAGCACCUGGGGAAAGAGGGCGAGUUCUCCCCCUGCUUCACGGAGCUGCAGCGAGCCUUCCUGAGGCAGCGUCCAACCAAGCUGAAGAGCCUCAUCCGCCUGGUCAAGCACUGGUACCAAAAGUGUAAGGAGAAUCGUGGGAAGCCACUGCCACCACAGUAUGCCCUGGAGCUCCUGACAGUCUACGCUUGGGAGCAAGGAAGUGGGCAAACAGAAUUCAACACGGCUCAGGGAUUUCAGACCGUCUUGGAGUUAGUCCUGAAGCACCAGCAGCUAUGCAUCUACUGGACAAAGUACUACGACUUUGACAACCCUGUUAUUAAAGAAUACCUGAGCAGGCAGCUCAGGAAACCCAGGCCUGUGAUUCUGGACCCGGCUGACCCUACAGGAAACGUUGGUGGUGGAAACCCAUCUGGCUGGCAGCGGCUGGCACAAGAGGCUAGAGCCUGGCUGGAUUCCGCGUGCUUUAAGAAAGGGGAUGGGUCUCCAGUAGGCUCCUGGAAUGUGCCGGUGAGACCUUCUGCUUCCUCCCUGUCCCCCUUCCCACCCGCUCCACUAACUGGGAGUGGAGGAAGGAGCUGCAAGGGCAGACGCAGCUCAGGGAUCAAAGGAGUGUUUGGUUUGCUAAGAGGCAAAGGAAACGAAACCAAACAGCAGCCCAGACUCAGGCAGCAUCCAAGAGAGAGGCUGGCAGUUUCCGGGAGCCAGCUCUGCAGCCACUGGCUCUCCUGUCCCUGCCCGAGCAUCACGAUGGAUCUCAGAAAGACCCCAGCCGGUAAUCUGGACAAGUUCAUCGAAGACUACCUCCUGCCAGACACGCAAUUCCGCAGGCAGGUCCGAGAAGCCAUCGACAUUAUCUGCAGUUUCCUGAAGGAGAGGUGUUUCCGAGAUGCCCCCCACGCAGUACGGGUGUCGAAAGUGGUGAAGGGCGGCUCCUCAGGCAAAGGCACGACCCUCAGAGGUCGAUCUGAUGCAGAUCUGGUGGUCUUCCUCGACAACUUCACAAGUUUCCGGGAGCAGUUUGAGCACCGAGCAGAGAUCAUCCGGGAAAUUAGGAGGCAGCUGGAAGCCUGUCAAAGAGAGGAAACAUUUGACGUGGAGUUUGAGGUCCAGAAGCAGCGGAGGAAGAGGCCCCGCGCACUCAGCUUCGUCCUCAGGUCCCGCCGGCCCAACGAGGGGGUGAAAUUUGAUGUACUGCCUGCCUUUGAUAUCCUAGGUCAGGUGACCACAGACUGCAUGCCUGACCCUGAAAUCUACGUCCAGCUCAUCAAAGAGUGCAAGCACCUGGGGAAAGCGGGUGAGUUCUCCCCCUGCUUCACAGAGCUGCAGCGAGCCUUCCUGAGGCGGUGUCCACCCAAGCUUAAGAGCCUCAUCCGCCUGGUCAAGCACUGGUACCAAAAGUGUAAGGAGAAUUGUGGGAAGCCACUGCCACCACAGUAUGCCCUGGAGCUCCUGACAGUCUACGCUUGGGAGCAAGGAAGUAGGCAAACAGAAUUCAACACGGCUCAGGGAUUUCAGACCGUCUUGGAGUUAGUCCUGAAGCACCAGCAGCUGUGUAUCUACUGGACAAAGUACUACAACUUUGAUGACCCUGUUAUUAAAAAAUACCUGCGCAGAAAGCUCAGGAAACGCAGGCCUGUGAUUCUGGACCCGGCUGACCCUACAGGAAACGUUGGUGGUGGAAACCCAUCUGGCUGGCAGCGGCUGGCACAAGAGGCUAGAGCCUGGCUGGAUUCCGCGUGCUUUAAGAAAGGGGAUGGGUCUCCAGUAGGCUCCUGGAAUGUGCCGGUGAGACCUUCUGCUUCCUCCCUGUCCCCCUUCCCACCCGCUCCACGCAGCAUUAGCUGGAGACCAUUCCUUCCAAAGAAAUUGCUUCUUGCCGGAGGCCACUCACGUUCAUAG